AUGUCUACACGGGGAAAGAAUACCUAUCUGCUUGAUGGCUCAACACUGGAGAGUAUCAAUGUCAUAAGGAACCACUCAAAGCUCUUUCGAGGAGAAUGUGCGAGAUUGAUCGAGGAUUGCAGCAAAUCUUGCAAGCGCCUGGAGGAUGAUGACAGCGAGAGGUUGGACCAUCGCGUCCGAGACAUUCAGUUUGUGAAGCAGGAGCUGGAGCAGAAGUUGGAGGAGAAUAUUUUGGAGACAGAUCAUCUUAUUGAACUGCAGAACAGAGUGACAAAAGCCAUUGAGUCUUGCAAAGAGCCUCUCAGAGUUACUCUUCUCUGUAUAGAGGAGAGAAACAAACCUCCUGAGAAGGUGCAUGAUCAAGUGAGCAGGGAAUUGCUGAAGGAAGGUGAUCUCACCAAGGGAGUUAUGGCCCUCAUGCAGCGUGUCAUUAAGCAGAUCACUGAGCAAAUACGGUUAAACCAAACGGCUAAAUUUCAACUUGAACAGGACCUCAAGGGGAAAUAUGUGGCUCAGGACUUAGAUACCUCCUGCGCCGCAAUGACCCCACAUUCUCUUAUUAACCCGGAACAAAAGUUAAAAGCCAGUAAUGCUACCUCAGGGUGUUUUGUGACACCUGUUCAGUGGGGGAACCACUCUGAUUUCAAUAUCGGCAAAGCGGAGCAGCAGAAGAAAAACACCAUCUCUUUGAGGGCCCUGGUUGAGUCUCUGCUGGCACAGACUGCCGCUGACAUGCAAAAGCAGUUCGAAGCGACAACAGCAGCUUUCCAGUUCAAUAUCAAGCAGCUCAAGACUGUCAAAAACCAGAUGGAAGACCAACUCACCAAGGUCGUGUCAGAGUUUGCCAGCCAGCAGAAAAAUCGUGAGGAUCUCAUAGUGGCCGUCACAGAGAAUAACCGUUUUCUGAGUUUGGCUCAGAAAAGGCUGAGUGUGCGUCAGCAGAGGCCGACUAAAGAGAAAUGCCACGAUCCAGCGCAAUCACAACUCCUCGCAGAAGUCGGUCAGCUUUCUUUUCAAAUCACCAAGUUACAUGAGACAGUGGAUCAGUCAGAAGAGCAGCAGAGGGCGCUGGUCCGUUGCCAGCUGGAGCUACGACACAAUAUUGAGGUCAAAGACAGGCUCCUCUAUGUUGACGAGGUCAUAUGUGGCCAGCUCAGGAAACCUAUUGUCAUACACAACUUCUGA